UCAGUCGCCUACUCAACGGCCAAACGCGCAGUUCACACAGCACAAGCUGCCCGAAAAUCAAGCGAAUCCACCAUUAGUGCUUCAAUUAUAAUUUCAAUUAAGUUUUAGUGUGAGUGUACUUUACACUUUCAAGUCGAAAAUUCAAUUUUGUGAAUGUAAAUUACGGCAAAUUGAAAACGAAAAACAACAGAGAAGUCUAUGAGUUCUAAAGAAAUUUCAAAUGCAUAUCAAUUUGACUUUUUAGACACAAAAAAAAAAUAUAAUUUAAAAAAACCUAAAAAAAACGCUCAAUUAUUUUAAUUAAAACACAACAACAAUACUAAUAAAUAGUAACGAAAGGCGACGAUGUGCGACCACAACGAAAUGCAAGUGAGAAAGUCUUAUAAUUGAUUGAGUGUAUUGCAAGUGAGUGUGUAGUGUUGAAAUAGAUUUUUAUGCUGCGGAGAGUGAAUUUUUUGCUGCAUACAUACAUACAUAUGCACUCGUAUAAGAGCGUCUAGCGAAUUUUCUUAUCUGGCUUUAGUGGCCUUUCGCUUAUCACUAACUCAUCGUUGCUCUAUAUUUGUUUAUUAUUGAAAUAAAAUUUAAAAAAAAUAUCAACAAAAACCUAUAAAAAUACUCGAACAUGAUUCCCCUCAAUGAAGUGAGCAUUUACACAUUGCUGAGAAUGGCGUUUGUUUGGCAACUACUGUCGUUCGCGGUCUACUUGGUGGGCCUGCUGGCCAUCGCUACAUUCUUCUUUGAUAACUUCAAAUCGGUGGUGUUGAUUGUGAAGUCCAUUUUGGAGCCAUAUUUUCAACCACAACUGCCGCAGACGUUGGUGGAAAAGUUUGGAAAGUGGGCAGUAAUCACCGGUUCAACGGAUGGCAUUGGACGAGAGUAUGCUAAAGAAUUAGCCAAACAAGGCAUAAAUGUGGUGUUCAUCUCACGCACGAAGGAGAAGCUCAUAGCGGUGACAGAGGAGAUCGAAAAUGAGUUCAAAGUGAAGACCAAAUGGAUUGUCGCCGACUUCUCUAAGGGACGUGAGGUGUAUACACACAUUGAGAGGGAGCUAAGUGGCAUACCAGUUGGCAUACUUGUUAAUAAUGUUGGCAAAAUGUACGACUAUCCCGAUGAACUGUCCAACAUACCGGAAGAUACCAUUUGGGAUCUGAUCAAUAUCAAUGUAGCCGCUGUGACCAUAAUGUCGCGCAUGCUCAUACCCGAACUGAAGAAGCAGAAACGUGGUGCUAUUGUUAAUAUAUCCUCAGGCAGUGAAUUGCAACCCAUACCCUAUAUGGCGGUUUAUGCCGCUACCAAGCGCUAUGUGCGCUGCUUCUCGCAGGCGAUCGAACGUGAAUUGGCCGAACACAAUAUAACAGUACAGUGUGUCACACCGCUCUUUUUGGUCACAAAAAUGAAUCAAUAUUCAGAUACGGUUAUGAAGGGCGGAUUUCUAAUACCGGAUGUUAAGAGUUUCACACGCUCAGCUGUGUUUACUUUGGGCAAAUCGGCGGAGACAACGGGUUAUUGGACACAUGGCCUGCAGUACUUUUUCAUGAAACUAAGCCCAGAGUGGUUACGCAUACGCAUUGCCCAUGUGAUGACACGACAGUUGCGUCGCGAAUACCUGAGGACCCAUGCAAAAAAGGUCUGAAAGACUGAAAUAUAAAAUUUAUAAAUUGCUAUAAUUUUCGAUAUUUUCAUUAUUCAUACUCGUACUCAUGUACUGUAUAUACAUCUGCAUUUUGCGUUCAGCAUCAUUCAUCAUUACGUCUAUACAUAGCAUAAAAAAUUUAACUUAACAAUUUUUUGUUUUGUGAAAUUCAUAAUAAAAACUUUGUUGGAAAAAAUUCAAAUUUUAUGAAGCUUCUGAAAAGUUAAGGUAAGUGAGGUGUGGCAAACUCUUUUAACUGGUAAGAACAUUCAUAUUGAGAAUGAGACAAACGCUUAAUGAAGUCGAAUUCUCUUGGCUAGUGCUGGACGAAACUAACGUGUCAAUGAUCAGAUUCGUAAAGUCCAAUUCGUUAUGCAUAAAGUUAUCACAGCAAGACAGCAAAUGUAUCUGAAGUCUAACUCCACGUUCAAUGAAACAUUGUCGAGAGGCACAUCACUCAAUUUAAACGAAGAAUUGUGAGUAUUAGGCAACAAAACAGGGUAUAAGCUAACCCGGAACGAACUACAAACAUUUUUGAAAACGUUGCCUCAAAUGGAAGUGGAACCAUAUAUUUAGUUUUUCAUGAAUACUGGUGGUUUAUAAUCGAAGACCUGUUUUGUCAAAGCCAACGAAGGAACUUUUCAGCUUUUAAUCACAAACUUGCAUGCUUUUUUACAAUUCUAUGAAAACGAGGAUGCAAUCUUUUAAUUUGGAGAAACAAAUUAUGUUAACCAACGUGGAACUAUAUAUUACGUUACACAAGAACAACCAAAAGGAAUUCUGUGGCAUCUUCGAAAACACAAUUAUUCGACUAUAGCAACACAGAAAAAAGCUAACCAUAACUCUUUUCCUACCUCGAAGAUAGUGUUCCCGCAACAAAUCACUGCAUCUUGAGUAUUUAAGGAUAUUAUUUGUUAUAUUAAGAAUUUUAAGAAUUUUGUAUUUCAUAAAAAAAAACAAAAAUAAAGAAAAAGCUUUUAUGCAAUUUACCAGUUUUUUUAUUAACUUCGUUUGGAAUGUAAGUCUGCUUUUGCUCGACCCUAUAUUUGCAACAUAAGAAUUGCAGCCACUUCGAAAAAUUACCAAAAAACUUCCUGUAUAAACAGGUUCUAGCCGAUGCAGCUUUAGCUUUAGCUCGAGACAGACUUUAAUUACAUAUGUACCAAGAAGCAAUUUGAUCGUGCAACAAGCCAUAACCACUAUUUAGUAGUUGCUUUUUUGUUUUUGUUCUGCUGACGUUGUAUUGCCACACGCCCAGACCACACUGCAAACCUGAAGAGUCCAAAAAUUACAUAAUGCAAAGAAUUUCAUUUUUUUCUCACGAAUUUUUAUUUAUUUACAAACGCGUUCUGGUUUUUGCUUUUGUUUCGGACAGCGGAAAAGACAACAAACCGGUUGACAACGGAAUUGGCCAAGUGACCGACCAACGCAUUGCAGUAAACUGCAAUAUUCACUCGCUGUUUAUUUAAGUUGUAAACUUGUACACCCGAUUACUUAGUAUAUUUGUGCACAAGCAUUUUUAUAUUACAUUUUGCGAGACCUCCAGCGAUUAUCGGUUGACUAAACCGCCACAUUUACGGGUCGGUCGGUAAUGUUUUUUGUUUUACUGCCGGUUUCGCAUUGACUGCGUACACUGUUACAAUGCCCGUUGGCGAUUGCGUAAUCUUCAGCGCUGAAUUUAUGUUCAUACAUACAUAUGUACAUACGAGUACAUGAAUAAACUCGAUUACAAUGCCAUGUGCGCGUUGCUGUAAGUAAAUAAUUGUGCAUUUUUUCUGCUUUUACGGUUCCUACUGCGAGGCGUGCAAAACGUUAAUGGGGUUUGUUGCAUAUCUGUGUGGAUCUCUUGCGUAUUUAUUAAUCAUAAAUUCAUACGUCAUUGGGGUCGCGCAAUGUUCAUGUGCAAUAGUUGCUGCAAGUAAAAACCUUAACUCUUCAGUUGUAAAGUGCAAAUAAAAUAUUUUUCAUUAAUUAUUACUGACAUUAUUUUUUUCUAGAUUUGCUUGGAAAAUGUAAUAGUUUUAAAUGAAAAUGUUGUAUAAAUUUGAAAAUUAUUUAAAUUCAUCUUAAUUCAAUUAUCCCAUUCUUAGGUGCGUAAAUCGAUAUUAUUUAACUGCUGAGACAAAAUAUCACCUUGGCUUAAUGAUAGGUAGAUUGACGAAAAAAUGCGCCACGCCUGCUUUAUUAACCGAAAGCCAUUUUAGCAAACCGAAAUUCUGCUUCUUCUUCUUAGUUCCUCUGUCUCCUUGAGGAGCAUAGGACAGCAGCAAAAUGUGUCCAUAGCUCACGAUUUUUUGAUAGAGCUUUCAGUUGACUGUAAGUUUUCCACACAGAUUCAAGUUCCUUCUCAAGCAUACGUUUCAAAGUGUACCGAAUUUCAGUACAGACAAAUUACGAGAGCUGAACACUGGCUCCAAAACGUACAGAUUGUCUUCGUCAGAAUGUAAGGAGUUCUAAAUCAAUAUUUUUAAAUUAAUUUCUCAGGACCCUUCACACAAAGUGGAUAUCACAUCUCAGGCUUUGCAGUAUCCUGGUGGGAUCUCAAGUUCUGCUAUGUUACUUAUUGUUAACUAAUUUCCGAUGGGAAACUUCAAUAAUAUUCUUUUUGAUUCCAAAAGAUCCUCUGCUUUAGAAGCUGAAAAAACCGUUUAUUUAGCAAUUUUUUUUGAAAGGAAAGGAAAUGAUUGCGGUAAACGGAAUUUUAAGCAGAUAGUGUACUAUAUUUAAGGCUUAAAAAAACAAUAUUUGUUAUUAAAAAUAUUGAAUUUUUUUUCAAAGUUGUAAGUAUUUUUCUGGAACGCAUGGAGUCUGCACUUGUAAAUCGGUGCCGGUGAUGGAGGUCGUGUGAUGCAUCUGAAACAGUCGAACCAAAUUUUUCUUUAAUUUUUAUAAGUUUAUUUUCUUUAUGAACUAAAAAAAUACCGAAGAAGUUAUAAAAUUCCAAUUUUUUUCGAAGUUUGAAAAAAAUUCACUUUUUAAGGAAAAAAAAAUUGACUUUAAGUUGCAAAACAAGUGCUUUAAAUAAUACUUUUGUCCAACUUGUUUAGUUCAAAUAUAAGAAAAUUUAAUACUGAAGCUAGAUCACUUUGGUUUUUUUUCGAUCGGACAUAUAUUCUUUUUGCUAUCGCCGGCACCGUUUUCUAACACUUGUGAAAAUGAAAACACGAGAAAACGCGCUUUAAAGGUCUGCCUGAGCAUUCGCACCUGCUCGACGCUCGACCACUAAAACUGCUCCAGCUUCGAAAAUAUGUCGAAUAGGCCUCUGGAAUUUUUAAGACAUAUUCUUGGAUAGUUUUGGAAGGAAAAAAAUCGAAAAUUUUGAAGCCUGUAAGACUGUACUGCUGAAAUGUCAAGGCCAUCAAUAAUUUGCUAAAACGAUUGAUUUUGAUAGGCUGACUUCCUAAAUGUAUUUUGCUUUGCAAUCGAACAAUGUAGUACAUUCCCAAACGCAGUUGCUAAAACUUUGACAAAGUAUCGUAUUCCUAAUAGCAACCCUGCCCGAUAAAUGCGCAGAAAAAAGCAAUUGGCGCAUCACUAACAUUGUUGAUACAUUUAUUCUACAAUUCUAUUCUACAAUGGCGACCGAAGAAGAAACGUAAGAAAAUUUUACAUUUUUUACUAUUUUUAUAAUAUAACAAGUUUUAUAUUAUUUUUAUUAGGCAACUUAUUCCAUAAUGGUUCGAGCAUACAAUAUAAUUUCUAGAAAAUGAAGUAAUAAUAAUAUAUUUCGAUAAUGGUUUCCAAAAAUUUUUUGUUUUUUGGUAUACUUCUCCUUGGCACAUUUUUCUGCACUAAUAAUGCAGCUAAUUUUUUACGUUUUUGUAAAAGUAUUUUUGAUAUCACAACGAAUUUGAUUCUUGAAAAUCAAUUAAAUUAAAAAUUUCUUCUAACAAAAUAUUUUGUUUGGCCAUUUUUUGCGCAUUAGAGAUGUGCCUAAACGCAACAGUGUUACAAAGUUCAUUUAUACAAAGUUUAGAAGAAGCAACGUUGCAAAGUAUUGAGUAUGUAUUUAUUCGGCAUAAAAACUUUGCAUACGGACGUUUAGGAAGUCAGCCAUACUUUUCGAUUGCAAAUAGCUCACUAAACCUUAAAUGAUUCACAUGAACUAGCCGUAAAGAAACUCACUUAUCUUCUGCAUCUCCAACACACCAUUAUGCACAUUGUAAGUAUACUUUAGUCAACAAAGACACCUAAUAAGAAAUAACAAUGAAUGUAUACAUAGUUGCUAAGGGUUUGUAAGUGCCCAAACGAAGAGUCAUUAAAGCAGCUCUGAGUCUCUUAACAGCCUUCUCAGUAGUAUGUAUUUCAACAUGUAUUAGAAACCACCCAUUUUCCAUUCAAAUGUUUAAUCUUCUUUUCAACAUAUUUACCUUCACACACACACACAUAUAUAUAUAUAUACAUAUGUAUGUAUGCACUUUUGCCUCAAUGUUGUCAAGCUAAAUUAAGCACUGAAGUUCAACUUCUGUUACGGUUUAAGAGAUUUAAUGUCAAGUAUUUCAUUUUCUGCAUACUCACAGCAGACCGCCUUCAAAUGACGUAAGUAUUUUCUCGCUUGGACGAUUACCAACUGUUUAAUCAAAAGUGGCCUUCACUUAAGAUGGUUGGGUAUGAUAAUCUGUGUGUGAUAUGCUCUUAAUGCAUCUGGUUUACUUAUAUAUAUUUGCAUAUAAAACGCUGCACGUAUCAUCUCGUGUUGCAAGCGAUUUCCGUGGACUUGUUGCGUGGUUAAUGUUUGCGAAUUUUCGUUUAGCUUACAGAAAUAUAGACAUUAGUUUAUAUAUACAUAUGAUUCGAGUUCUCAUAAUUUAUAGAUAAUGAUUUUUUAUAUAUUUUUUCAAACUUUUUAUCUAAGAAGCCUUUACAUGGUACUAAUAUUCGCGCUCUUCUAACACUUGCAAACUUCUUUUUGAUAAUAAAAAAUAAUAAUGCUAAAAAAAAUAAUACAAAAAUAAAAAUAAAAUAAAUUUUUAAAAUUAAAAAAAAAAUAAAAAUUAAAAUAAAAUUUUAAAAUUAAAAAAAAACCAAGAAAAAACGUUAACUUCGGCUGUACCGAAGCUAAUAUAUCCUUCUCAGGUGCAUUUCUUCGUUCGGUUUGUAUGACAGCUAUAUGCUAUAGUGAACCGAUCUGAACAAUUUUUUCGGAUAUUAAAUUGUUUCUAUGAACAAUAACUCACACCAAAUUUCGUGAAGAUAUGUAGUAAAAUGCGGAACUUUUCCAUACAAGCCCUUGAUUCCGAUCGUUCAGUUUGUAUGGCAGCUAUAUGCUAUAGUGAACCGAUCUGAACAAUUUUUUUGGAGAUCAAAUUAUUUCUAUGAACAAUAACUCACACCAAAUUUCGUGAAGAUAUGCAGUAAAAUGCGGAACUUUUCCAUACAAGCCCUUUAUUCCGAUCGUUCAGUUUGUAUGGCAGCUAUAUGCUAUAGUGAACCGAUCUGAACAAUUUUUUUGGAGAUCAAAUUAUUUCUAUGAACAAUAACUCACACCAAAUUUCGUGAAGAUAUGUAGUAAAAUGCGGAAGUUUUCCAUACAAACCCUUGAUUCCGAUCGUUCAGUUUGUAUGGCAGCUAUAUGAUAUAGUGGUCCGAUAUCGGCAGUUCCGACAAAUGAGCAGCUUCUUGAAGAGAAAAUAACAUCUGCAAAAUUUCAAAACGAUAUCUUAAAAACUGAAGGACUAGUUCGUAUAUCUACAGACAGACGGACAUGGCUAAAUCGACUCAGUUCAACAUACUGAUCAUUUAUAUAUAUACUUGAUAGGGCCUCCGACGCUUCCUUCUGGGUGCUAAAAACUUCGUGACAACUUAAUACAGGGUAUAAAAAUUAAAAUAAAAAACAUAAUACAAAAACAAAAAUAAAAUAAAUUUAAAAUUAAAAUAAAAAAAAAUAAUACAAAAGUUAUAUAAUAAAAUAUUUUUUUUAUUAUGAAAAUAAAAAAGCAUGAAUUUUUGUGAUGUUUUUCUGUAGUUUAUUUUUUUUUUUUUUUUAACUAUAAGAUCUUAUUAUUCUUUAUCGUUCCAUAAAUACCCAUUUUUUGUUUUUUGUUUUGUUCCUGUCUGCUGUUGUUUGAUAAAUAUUUCAUAAUAUUAUAAAGUCGCUACAACUAUGGCUUAUAUCAAAUACCCUUAUACAACUAAGAAGAACAAAAUAUGCUAUAAA